GUUGGAUUCUGCGCCCUAAUGCCAUCUCCCUCCUCGUGUGUGUUUGUGUGUUAUAGUUGUAUAUAUACGACAUUCCUGUCUGAAUCGGCAUGCAGAACUUAUCGUAUCCCUUCAAUAUAGGGCCUGCCCCUCUCUGUGGUAUGCUGCUAUUCCUACUCUGCUUUCGACUGUGGAUUCGCAUAAGGGUCAACUCCCAAGAACCAAGACAUCAAAAUAUCAUUAUUGUCGAGCCUCCCAUCUACAUCCUCAAGGUUAUCUGCCGAAUUCAAUAUCUCUGGAAGGGACCCGAGAUACUGCAGCAAGCACACGUAAAAGAUAUUCCAUAUGCCAUACGCACACCGGAAGCAUAUCAGGUCCAUUUCUCGUCAAGGGAGCAUAUCAAGCAACUUGUUCAGGCGCCAGACACCUGUUUGUCACUGCAUGCUUUGGCCAAAGAUAUGUUUCAGCCCAAAUACACUAUGGACGGCCUAGGAGUUGACGACUGCAUGAGUGCAAACGGCACCAUCCACCAGCGAGCCCUCCAAGCCGAGCUGCGAUCCCACCUGCCAGCCCUAAUACAUCCCUUGACCGACUGUAUAGCCAGAGCUCUCACAGAGGAGAUAACAGACAGCAAGCCCCUGUCCGGGGGAUGGCACGCACUGCAGAUAUUUCCCAUGGCUAAGCGACUGAUUACGGCCACCAACGCCUUGGUCUUCUUCGGCCCAGAAGUAUCAAGUGACCCGGUCUUUCUCAACGCCGCACUCGAGUAUCCCGAGCAUCUAAUGGAAACAGCCGAAGUACUCCGCCUCCUGCCCUCGUGGCUCGCGCCAUUCGUUGCACCUUAUCUAAUGCGCCGCCACAGAGCGCUGAAGAUCCUGUUAGACCGUCUCGUCCCAGUCGUGGAAGCCCGUCUUCUUAACGCCGCCACCACCACCAUCCCCACCACCCCAGGACAUACAGACUGCAUCCAGUUCUUCGUCAACGCUGUUGCACGCAAGAACCAGCAGCACGAAUGGCCAGCCCACCGAAUCGUCCAAGUCCUCUUAGGAAUCUGGUUCGCCUCCGUCCACCAGCCUGCAAUGUGUCUCUUCUACGCCCUCGACGACCUCUCCCUCCACCCCGAAUACACCACCGCAUUGCGCGACGAGGUCCGCGCAAUCAACACAGCCCAAGACAUCACCAACCUCCCUUUACUCAACGGCUUCCUCAAGGAAUCCGCGCGCCUCCACCCAACGGAUUCCAUCUCGCUACGGCGUAAGGUCCUCCAAACUUUCACAUUACACGACGGAACUAGCCUAGCGAAGGACGACAUCGCAUGCAUCCCUCUCCAGCCCCUCCUCCAAGACCCAGAGGUCUACAUCGACCCACUCACAUUCAACCCUUAUCGGUUCAUGAACCUAAACCGGGAUGCCAAACCCAGAGCCGCCUCUACCUCGGACUUCACAGACGCCGAUGUCACCUUCCCGAUAUGGGGGCUAGGGAAACGGGCUUGUCCGGGUCGGUACUAUGCCUCGCUGCUCCUAAAGCUCGUUCUGGCGCAGGUCCUGCUCCGCUAUGAUCUGAGGAUGCUGGACGGGGCGCAGGAAAAGAGGUAUUUCUAUUGGCGUUCUGCGAUUGUUCCGAAGGCUGGGGCGAUAUUGCAGUUUCGGGAACGGGCAGAAUAUUGAUUCUUUUCAUCAAUAUCUCUGGAAACAUGGUCAUAAGGAUGCCAAAUAUCUCCCUUUAUCUGAUCGAAUAGUGCUG